CUCCCCCUUUCAGACAGUCUGUUUUUGCUGCAGUGAACGGUAGCAGUAUAAGGAGGGGGAAAAGCAAGAAAAACAAGGAGCGCGCGACAGAAAAAAGCAAGACAGACAGAUCCAGUGGGACCAGUAGCAAGCGCGAGCCACCGAACAGCACUGGUCCGAACCCCGAACCCAGAGAAUCAUUCCCAACAGGAGGAGAUUUCCGAAGGCACAUAUUUCGGUGUAAUUUCAGUUGCCCUAACGACCCUCGACUGCAGCAGCAGCCCGCCAGGACGCCAGCGUGCGAACAUGGCUCUCCUGGCCUCUGCCCUGUGGACUCUCAGCUCCUUCACAGUCCUGUUGGCUUCAGUGCACAGUAACGUCCAGAUGGAUGAAGACCCCUUCCAGCCCGUGACCUCGGAUGAGAUGGUGUCUGUGGGCGGAACCGUGACUUUGACCUGCAGAGUGACUGAGAGUGAUAACUCCUCCCUGCAGUGGUCCAACACUGCCCAGCAGACCCUGUACUUCGGAGAGAAGAGAGCUCUGAGAGAUAACCGCAUCCAGCUGCACCGCUCCACACCCACAGAGCUGUCCAUCACCAUAUCAGAUGUGCAGCUCUCCGAUGAGGGAGACUACACCUGCUCCAUCUUCACCAUGCCCGUCCGCACCGCCCGCGCCACCGUCACCGUGCUGGGGGUCCCAGCGAAGCCUCAGAUAUCAGGGUAUGAGGAUGCUGUGGAGGAGGGGGGAACGGUCACUCUCACCUGCUCCAGCUCCGGGAGCAAACCCCCUGCCAAACUGCGCUGGUACAAAGGGCAGGAUGAGCUGCAAGGUCGGCCGGACAUGGAGUCCGACCCGGAUGAGCGGACGUACACAGUGACCAGCCGGCUGCAGCUGACUGUCACCGAGAGUGAUAACAACGUGCUGAUCGCCUGUGUGGUGGACCACCCCUCUCUGGACCACCCCUCUCUGGACCCGAGUGUGAAGAGGACAGAACAGGCCCUCAGCGUUUUGUUCUCUCCCAGAGUGUUGAUCCAGCCGGAAAGUGAUUUGCCGAGGGAGGGAGAGAAGUUCCAUCUGCAAUGUGUUGGAAAUGGGAACCCUGACCCCACCUCCUUCCACUGGGAGAAGAAAGAUGGAGUUCUGCCUCCUCUGGCCAAGGUGGACGGCAGCUUCCUGCGCUUUGAGAUGCUCAACAAGUCUGACAAUGGAGUUUACAUCUGCCAGGCGGACAACGGCAUCGGGAAGGGGCUGGGAGACUACACCCUGCUGGUGCAAGACCCGACUGCCAUGUCCACCUCAUCGGGGGUCGAUCACGCUGUUAUCGGGGGAGUGGUGGCCGUUAUCGUCUUCAUCCUGCUCUGUCUCCUCAUUGUCCUCGGCAGAUACCUGAUCAGACACAAAGGGACCUACCUGACCCACGAGGCCAAGGGCUCGGACGACGCCCCAGACGCCGACACCGCCAUCAUCAACGCUGAGGGGGGGCACUCCGGAGCAGAAGACAAGAAGGAAUACUUCAUCUAGAGGGUGGAGUCGGAGAGGAGCGGCAACCCCCUCAUCCUCACACACUUCAGAUCUGCACAAAGACGGAGGAAGUGAGGAGCGGAGAGCAAAUGAAAGAAAAAGAAAAGCAAAAAGAACUGAAGACAGAAAAAAACAAGAAAACGCUAAAUUUACCUG